AUAGAUAACAAAGCUUGAAUUUAACCGUUAAAUUCAAAUCGAAGAAUUCAACUAGCAACCUGUGCUUUUCUUUGGUGUAAUAAUAUAUCCUUUUUCUAUGAUUACAACUUUAAUUAGCUUGUUAUUUUUGUUGGCAGUAAUCAUGCCAUUCAACAAAUAUAAAAAUUACAUUUAUGUCAUUGGAGAAUUUGUGAAGGAAACUUUAGAGACAGGGCAAAAAGCAAUUGACAUUGUACCAAUCAAGUGGACUGAUGCAAUUCCAGGCAAUUCUGAAGAAUGUGAAACCUUGUACCCCCCACCCCCAUAUGAUGAUGGGGUUUUUAAAAAACUUAUUAACUUAAUAAAAAACAAUGAAGAUGCGGAUCUUGAAUAUUCAAUGUAUAGAAUAAAAAUCAGAGCUUUUGCAAGAAAUUAUAAAGAAGCUAAAAUGAAAUUAGGAGUUGUAAUGAAACAAUCGUCAGCAUUUUCUACUGGAAGUGAGAUGGAUACAGAUCAAAAAGCAAAAGCAGCCUCAGAAAUUUUAAGAACAAUUAAGGUUCCAAAUAAAAAAAUAACAUUUUACAAUGAACUGCAACCAUUUUCUGACAAGGAUAUUAAAACAUCAGGAUCAAGCAAUGACUACUCAGAUGAAAACUUGAAAACUAAACAAAAAAAGACAAAAAGUUUUGCAAGAAAGAAAGGCCAUGAUAAGGAAAAUCAAAUUGAUUCAAGUGAUGAUCAAUCAGAAAACUUUUUUAAGUCUCUUAAGAAAAAACGCAAACAUGAAAUUUCUUUUGAUGAGAGAGGGAAAGACAUUUUAAAACCAUCUACUUUAGCCAAACCUUCAGAAAAGGAUCUUGUAAGACAACAGGUUUUGACAAAUUUACAACCACUGCAAAUCCCAAAAGCAAAAAUUCAUAAUGCAUUUCAGAGAGGGCCUGCAGAGCAACCCAGAAACAAAUUAUUUAUUGAAAAUUUAAUUACAAAAUACUCCAAACUAAUGGAUGACAAGGGAGGAGAAAAUAUAUCAAAAAAAGAUUAUCUUGCUUUAAUGUUUCAAGGAGUUAAUAACAUUGUAGAGUAUCAUGUCUCAGAUGUUAAACAAGAUUGUAAUGAUAUUGUUGAAUUGGUAAAUAAAAAAGGAUUAAGCGCCAAGAUUGCAAAUAAUAUUAUUCUGAACCCUCAUAUGUUGGCCAAAAAAUACGAUUUGAAUUUACCUAUCCAGACUGUACCUGAGUUUACAGCAUUUUGCGAGUUGUUGCUGACAAAAAAGGAAUUCUCCGAAGAUUUUGUAAGUUAA